AUGGCUGGUGGGACUGCUAUUGCAGCAAUGCGUGACGAUGCAUCAUAUGGUGAACGUCGAAGUAUUGCAGGUUACCAUCGCAGGUAUAAGGACCAAAAAUCGAGAACAGAAAGCCAUCGCCUUUGGGUUGAGAAGAAUUCAUUUGAUCGAGAGCGCGAUUCCAUGGAAAUAACCGACAAUAUUAACGUCGAGAACGCCAUUAUGCGUUUAAAUAUAGGCGGAUCGAGCUAUAGGAUUCGAGCGAAGUCCAUAUUAAAACACGGUCCAUCUACUUUCUUAGGAAAGUUUUUAAGCUUAAGCCAUGAAAAACGACUUAAAUGGGCCGAUUCUUAUUUCGAAGAUAGUCAAGAAUAUUUUUUUGAACGAGCACCUAGAUAUUUUGAAUCAAUAUACGAUUUCUAUGCAACAGGACGAGUUCAUGUGCCAAAAGAAUUCUGUUUCGACAAAUAUAUGGCUGAACUUAAAUUUUGGUCCAUAUCAAAGUCGAAAAUUAGUAAUUGCUGUUCACCGUUUAAUCAGUAUUGCCUUUUGCCAAUGGCAAAUGCUCUCGAGAAAGACCUGUUUAUUGGUUUGUAUUGCGCUAAUUUGCGAAGGAAACUGUGGAAUGUUCUUGAGGGACAUGAAUCUUCGAAGUGGUGGAAAACAUUUGAAAUUACUUCAACCUCAUUUGUUGUAUUAUCAAUUGCCGCUCUUAUUCUCGGCUCGAUACCGGAUUUUCAAGUGCCUGAAAUUGCUGUUGCUGCACAUUCGAUAGCACCAGCAACUUAUCCAACUUAUCCGAAUUCUAAUGGACAAACAAUAAGCUCAACAAAAGUAUUUAAGUACUCAAUAGAUGUUCCUGUCGAGAUGGUUGAACAUCCUGUCUUUACUUAUAUCGAAAAUAUUUGUGUGAUAUAUUUCUUAUUGGAAUAUUUAAUCAGAUUUCUCGUUGCUCCACAAAAACUGAUUUUUGCAAGAACUUUUCUGAACAUAAUUGACCUUCUUGCCGUUUUACCUUUCAUAUUUGAACUUCUUUUAUUACUGAUAGGUAUUGGCGGACAUAAUGUACGGAAAGUGCGUUGGGCUUUUUUAACAGUCCGUUUAUUGCGGGUUCUCAGGGUGGUCAGGAUAGCUAAACUUGGCCGCUUUUCACCAGGUCUUGCGAAUUUUGCUUUAACAUUAAGGAAAAGUAAGAACCAGAUGCAAAUGGUUGCUAUUGUAAUGAUAACUGUAAUCAUUUUCUUUUCAACACUUCUAUAUUUUCUGGAGAAAGAUGAAGUGAAUACAACUUUUACAUCGAUUCCAGCAGCGUUUUGGUGGGCGGUUGUGACAAUGUCGACUGUUGGCUACGGUGAUAGUGUACCACAAACUAUUCCCGGUAAACUUGUCGGUAGUGGUGCUAUUGUUUGUGGAGUUAUGGUUCUUGCAUUACCUAUUACAAUUAUGGUUUGUUCUUUUUUAUAA